GCAAAAUUCAAAUGUGAUCAGGAAGAAAAGAGUAUCAGUACAAAGUAAAACACGCUUCGUGUUCAUUUAGGCAGCUUAAUAUUUAUAUAUAGAAAGAUUAAGUCACUGUUCCAGAAGCGUUGGAUAUAAUCGAGGUAACGUAUGAAAUCGAUCUACAGCUUUUUUGUUUUCAUCCAGCAUUCGUAGCUAGCGUUAGCUAAAACAUGUUCUGUAGGAUAGGAAGUUAGCUAGCUAGUUAUCUCACUGAUGUCAGAUACUGUAACUAUAUAGCAAUUUAGCAAGCUAAUCCAGCGUGUCAUGUUUUUAAGCUAAAUCGUUGGCUAGUUGACGUUGGUAUCACUGCUUACAGUAACAACAAUCACAAACGAUACCUUGCUGUAUCUAGCUAACGUUAGCUAGCUAGGCUGGAUUUUGCUUGUGCAGCCCUACUAACUAGCUUAAGGUUACUUGCCAACAACAAGAUGUUAUGACUGCUUUAAUAUUGUCAAAUCAAGUCUUCUUUGCCUUGGUAACGUUAGCUAGGCUCAUAUAUCCAACUGUUACAUUUAACAUAUAAUGGUAAUGGUAGCUAGCUACAGUAUAACUUGUCUAAAUGCAACUUUAGGAAGCAGAGAGGAAUAAAGAACUGAAUGUGCAUCACUGUGUCCGUUUUUCCCCCGGACAGUCACGAUGAGCGCAUCCUCCACACCCAUCUCCCGGGUGCGUCAGUGGGCCUCACCGUCCCUGAAGCACAAGGGCGCCUCUCCUGCUGCCAGCAACACAUCGCUCCUCGCAUCUUUCCCAGGCAACGAUGAUGAGAUGGAGCGUCGUCAGAGGCGCAGAUCCCGGGUCAUUGACCUGCAAGCCGCCACUGACUCCUCAUUUAAUGAAUCUGCCUCUCAUAGGUAGGACACCCCAAGCCCUCUCUUUGCUAGUAAUCUCCUAUACUACAUAUUGACAGGUGUCCUAUAUAUUUUUUAGACCUUUGUAUAAGAGACAAUCCUUGUUUGUAUUCAGCACCACGGGGACCCCUGCAGCUGUGCCUAAGCUGUCAAAUGCACAGAUCUCAGAGCAUUACUCCACCUGCAUCAAACUCUCCACUGAAAAUGUAAGCAGAAUGUGCAUGCACAUAUUUACUAUCGUUAACAGCCACUUCUAAGAGGGGCAGAAUCCAUCCCAAGGAAAUGUUGAUGUGUUGCUCUCCCUCCUCUUAAUUUAUUAUGGCAUAAUAUCUCCAACCAUGCAAGUUAUUGGAAACUGGCAUCUCAGAUUUACAAAGCCUUGUUCUGUUUUUGUAGAAAAUUACCACCAAGAAUGCCUUUGGUCUCCACCUGAUUGACUACAUGGCUGACAUCCUCAAACAGAAGGAUUCUGAGCUCACAAAUUUCAAGGUACGGCUUUAGACCUAAAUUAUUCCUUUAUUGUAGUUUCUGUUUAUAUGUCUCUUUGAAUUUCCUCAUUACACAAGACUCUCUUCAGAUUUGCGCUACUACUAUUAAGGAGAUGAAAGUAUAAUCUGCUAAUGCAGAGAAGAAAUAAGCUUAUAGCCCAACCACUUAAGAUAUACAUUGUUUUUAUAGGCCUACUCCAAAAUAAUGGAGUUGAUGAUAGACUAUUCAUUUCACUUUACUGGCCUAGCGUCUGUUGGCUGUAUGAGAGAGUGACCAUCUCAUACUGUUUCUGUCUGUCCCUGCCAAGGUGGCAGCGGGUACCCUGGACGCCAGCACCAAGAUUUAUGCGGUCAGAGUGGAUGCUGUCCAUGCUGAUGCCUACAGAGUCCUGGGAGGAUUGGGUGCUGAGACCAAGCCUGGGGAAGGUGAAAGCCUCUUAACUAUAACAUCGUUACACAGUCUAUGUUUCCCAAAUAGCAAACUAUUCCCCUUAUAGUGCACUUCCGAAUAACCAGGGUCCAUAGGGUAGUGCAUUAUUUAGGGAAUAGGGUGUGACACUGACUUUCUCUGUCAUUUAAUAAAUAACAAUAACAGAUCAACAGCCUCUGUUUGAACCUUUCCUCUCCUUGUGUUUGUGUAGAGCAUGGAGCAGGGGAUGAAGGAGAGAUGGAGGAGGGGGCUGAAGGUGACCUGGCUGCUAAGCAAGUGGUGAAGAAGAAGAGGCAUCCCAAGAAGACUGUGGAGCAGAACCUGAGCAACAUCAACAGCUCUGAGUCUGAGAGGAAGUGUGAGGUAAUUGAUGGUUUUCCUGCUCCAGGACUGGCCUGAGGUAAAAGACCAGGCUAUGCCUGUGUUUGUUGUGUUCGUUGUGUAUUCAGCUGGAAAUCUUCGAGACUGGUAGCCAAAUAGUGCUUGCGUCCCAAAUGGCACCCUCUUCCCUAUAUCAAAUCAAAAAUUUUUGGUCACAUACACAUAUUUAGCAGAUGUUAUUGGGGGUGUAGCGAAAUGCUACACCUGCAAUAUAGGGAAGGAUCUAGUCAUCAUUAGUGCACUAUAUAGGGAAUAGGGUGCCUUUUGGGAUGCAACCCAGGCUACACUUGUGAUCAUUGUGGAUUCACCUGGAAAUCUUUGAGACUGAUAGCCAGACACUGAAUAAAGAUGGAAUUGAUUAGGAAUGCCUUGAUUUAAUGUGAGGACUUAUUAUCACAUUUCCUGAGAGUAUGGAUCCAGCCUGGAUUGUGAAAGUUUCUACAAAGCUCAUUCAUGGUAAGCUCACACAUAUUAUCCCCCUCCUCGUUAUCGUCCUACCCCUCCAACUCCAGGUUGACCCCAUGUUCCAGCGCAUGGCGUCAUCCUUUGACGAGAGCAGCACGGCAGGUGUCUUCCUGUCAGUGUUAUUCAGUGAGGACAGUCGCUGUGAGCUCCUCUUCCCCUCCCACAUGACCCUGCUGCACUCCAGGCCCUCUUGCUCCCAGCAUCCGCCGCAGUGCGUCCCUGCAACACCCUUCACAGGUAACAAUGACCGUGUCAUCACACUUCGAUCUGGGGCCAUAUGUAGCAAGCGCCUCAGAGUAGAAGUGCUGAUUUAGGAUCAGUUUUGUCUUUUAAAUAAAAAUAAUAUGAUAUGAAUAAGGGAAGUCUGAUCCUACAUCAGCAUUCCUAAUCUGAGACGCAUGAUAAAUACGGCCCCUGGGCUGUUUUUGUUGUAUAUCAAUCAAUUUUAUUUUAUAUAGCCCUUCUUACAUCAGCUAAUAUCUCGAAGUGCUGUACAGAAACCCAGCCUAAAACCCCAAACAGCUAGUAAUGCAGGUGUAGAAGCACGGUGGCUAGGAAAAACUCCCUAGAAAGGCGAAAACCUAGGAAGAAACCUAGAGAGGAACCAGGCUAUGAGGGGUGGCCAGUCCUCUUCUGGCUGUGCCGGGUGGAGAUUAUAACAGAACCAUGCCAAGAUGUUCAAAAAUGUUCAUAAGUGACAAGCAUGGUCAAAUAAUAAUCAGGAAUAAAUCUCAGUUGGCUUUUCAUAGCCGAUCAUUAAGAGUUGAAAACAGCAGGUCUGGGACAGGUAGGGGUUCCAUAACCGCAGGCAGAACAGUUGAAACUGGAAUAGCAGCAAGGCCAGGCGGACUGGGGACAGCAAGGAGUCACCACGGCCGGUAGUCCCGACGUAUGGUCCUAGGGCUCAGGUCUCUCAGUUGGCUUUUCAUAGCCGAUCAUUAAGAGUUGAAAACAGCAGGUCUGGGACAGGUAGGGGUUUCGUAGCCGCAGGCAGAACAGUUGAAACUGGAAUAGCAGCAAGGCCAGGCGGACUGGGGACAGCAAGGUGUCAUCAUGCCCGGUAGUCCUGACGUAUGGUCCUAGGGCUCAGGUUCUCAGAGAGAAAGAGAGAACGAGAGAAUUAGAGAGAGCAUACUUAAAUUCACACAGGACACUGGAUAAGACAGGAGAAGUACUCCAGGUAUAACCAACUAACCCCAGCCCCCCGACACAUAAACUACUGCAGCAUAAAUACUGGAGGCUGAGACAGGAGCGGUCCGGAGACACUGUGGCCCCAUCCGAAGAAACCCCCGGACAGGGCCAAACAGGAAGGAUAUAACCCCACCCACUCCGCCAAAGCACAGCCCCCGCACCACUAGAGGGAUAUCCCCAACCACCAACUUACAAUCCUGAGACAAGGCCGAGUAUAGCCCACAGAGGUCUCCACCACAGCACAAACCAAGGGGGGGGCGCCAACCCAGACAGGAAGAUCACGUCAGUAACUCAACCCACUCAAGUGACGCACCCCUCCCAGGGACGGCAUGAAAGAGCACCAGCAAGCCAGUGACUCAGCCCCUGCAACAGGGUUAGAGGCAGAGAACCCCAGUGGAGAGGGGAACCGGCCUGGCAGAGACAGCAAGGGCUGUUCGUUGCUCCAGCCUUUCCGUUCACCUUCACACUCCUGGGCCAGACUACACUCAAUCAUAUGACCUACUGAAGAGAUAAGUCUUCAGUAAAGACUUAAAGGUUGAGACCGAGUCUGCGUCUCUCACAUGGGUAGGCAGACUGUUCCAUAAAAAUGGAGAUCUAUAGGAGAAAGCCCUGCCUCCCGCUGUUUGCUUAGAAAUUCUAGGGACAAUUAGGAGGCCUGCGUCUUGUGACCGUAGCGUACGUAUUGGUAUGUACGGCAGGACCAACUCGGAAAGAUAGGUAGGAGCAAGCCCAUGUAACGCUUUAUAGGUUAACAGUAAAACCUUGAAAUCAGCCCUUGCCUUAACAGGAAGCCAGUGUAGGGAAGCUAGCACUGGAGUAAUAUGAUCAAAUUUCUUGGUUCUAGUCAGGAUUCUAGCAGCCGUAUUUAGCACUAACUGAAGUUUAUUUAGUGCUUUAUCCGGGUAUACUGCCCCUUAGUGGGCUAGCGUAAUAUCUAGAUUUUUGCAGAGACAUAUAAUAUGUCUGGUUCUACUGAUCAUUGAGUGAUGCUGUAAGCCAAGGUAUUGACAGUUGGCCUACUUGUUCCGAUAAUAGUAUCAAGCAUGUAAAGAUGUUGAUUGUGUGAUUGACAGGUGGUCUCCAGCGGACCCAGGAGAAGAGCUCUAUCUGCCCCUCCCUGGCAGACUUCUCUUUCACCAGCUGGAACCCUGACCAGGUCAGAGCAACAUACACUGGCAAUAUACACAGGCUGUGUCUCAAAUGGCACCCUUUUCCCUAUAUGGUGCACUACUUUUGACCAGGGCCCACCCGCAAUAACAUCUGCUAAACAUGUGUAUGUGACAAAUAACAUUUACAUCAUUUAGCAGACGUUCUUAUCCAGAGCGACUUACAAAUUGGUGCAUUUGAUUUGAUAUAGUCUUUAUUUUUGUUUGGAAAUUAUGCAGAUGGUCAGAUUGGAUGUACAGUUUGAAACAGUAGCUAAACAGCCUCAGAGUAUCUUAACCAUAGUCUUUAUAUAAACUGUUGUCAUAUACAGACCAUGAACCAGAUGCUGGAGAAGUUAAAGCAGGGGGAUCACGUGUUUGACGUGAACGCGGAGGUGGACGAGGAGGAGUGUCAGGACUUUGGGGAUGAUUUUGAUGGAGACUAUGAGGAGGGUCAGGGGGACUAUGGUGGCGACGGCUCCAAGGAACACAAGGAUGGCUGUGAGGCUGGAGGGCCCGGGAGAGGAAGGUGAGGAUAUUGAGGGUGUUUGUUACAGGGUGGUAACAACCUAGGGGGUAACAUACUGAGGUUUUGUGUUGGUACUCUGCUUGUUUAUACCUGUAGAGGACCCCAGGGAUGUUUCAUGAGGCACCAAAGGGUAUUCCACUUCUAAACGGGUCAGGUAGCUUGAAGUGACUUUGUUCUGUCUAGAGUUUUUUGUGUACCAUGAUCUCCUGAGUGUUAAAAAAAUGUUUAUGCCAGUAACACACCCAGACCCAAUAAAGCGGCUAUCAGCAGUUGAAACGAUAACAAAAAGCUGAGGGAUGGUGCUGGAGAAAUGUAACCACUCUCAAAUUCAUAGAGCUAUGGAUGCAGGGACUGACCCAACAUUUUAUAGUUUUAACCAUGUUUUGAGGCUAUUUUGUUUACGUUUACAGACAUUGGAGUAAAACAAGUGUAUAUUUUGUGUUCUGAUGGGCUAUGACAGUUGAACUAAGCUAAUGAGGCAUUUAUAAGUUACAUUCUUCAAGAAUCAAUAGGUAUACACUGAGUGUACAAAACAUUAGGAACACCUUCCUAAUAUUGAGUUGGACUCCCUUAUUCCCUCAGAACAGCCUCAAUUCGUAGGGGCAUGGACUCUACAAGGUGUCGAAAGCAUUCCACGGGGAUGCUGACCCAUGUUGACUCCAAUGCUUCCCACAGUUGUGAGAAGUUGGCUGGAUGUCCUUUGGGUGGUGGACCAUUGUUGAUACACACUGGAAACUGCUGAGCAUGAAAAACCCAGCAGCUUUGCAGUUCGUGACACAAACCGGUGUGCCUGGCAUCUACUACCUUACCCCGUUCAAAGGCACUUAAAUAUUUUGCCUUUCUCAUUCACCAUCUGAAUGGCACACAUACACAAUCAAUGUCUCAAUUGUCAAAAAAAUUUUUGCCUGUCUCCUCCUCUUCAACUGCAUUGAUUUAACGAGCGUUAUCAAUAAGGGAUCAUAGCUUUCACCUGGUCAGUCAGUCUAUGUCAUGGAAAGAGCAAGUUUUCCUACACAGUGCAUUCGGAAAGUAUUCAGACCCCUUGACUUUUUCACAUUUUGUUACGUUACAGCCUUAUUCUAAAAUUGAUUAAAUUGUUUUUUUCCCUCAUCAAUCUACACACAAUACCCCAUAAUGACACAGCAAAAACAGGUUUUUAGAAAUUGUUGCUUAUUUAUUACAAAUAAAAACACUGAAAUAUUACAUUUACAUAAGUAUUCAGACCCUUUACGCAGUACUUUGUUGAAGCACCUUUAGCAAUGAUUACAGCCUCGAGUCUUCUUGGGUAUGACGCUACAAGCUUGGCACACCUGUAUUUGGGGAGUUUCUCCCAUUCUUCUCUGCAGAUCCUCUCAAGCUCUGUCAGGUUGGAUGGGGAGUGUCGCAGCACAGCAAUUUUCAGGUCUCUCCAGAGAUGUUAGAUCAGGUUCAAGUCCGGGCUCUGACUGGGCCACUCAAGGACAUUCAGAGACUUGUCCCGAAGCCACUCCUGCGUUGUCUUGGCUGUGUGCUUAGGGUCGUUGUCCUGUUGGAAGGUGUACCUUCGCACCCAGUCUGAGGUCCUGAGCGUUCUGGAGCAGGUUUUCAUCAAGGAUCUCUCUGUACUUUGCUCCGUUCAUCUUUGCCUCGAUCCUGAUUAGUCUCCCAGUCCCUGCCACUGAAAAACAUCCCCACAGCAUGAUGCUGCCACCACCAUGUUUCACCGUAGGGAUGGUGCCAUGUUUCCUCCAGACGUGACGCUUGGCAUUCAGGCCAAAGAGGUCAAUCUUGGUUUCAUCAGACCAGGGAAUCUUGUUUCUCAUGGUCUUAGAGUCCUUUAGGUGCUUUCUGGCAAACUCCAAGCGGGCUGUCAUGUGCCUUUUGCUGAGGAGUGGCUUCCGUCAGGCCACUCUACCAUAAAGGCCUGAUUGGUGGAGUGCUGCAGAGUUUUUGCAGAGUUCUCCCAUCUCCACAGAGGAACUCUGGAUAUCUGUCAGAGUGACCAUCGGGUUCUUGGUCACCUCCCUGACCAAGGCCCUUCUCCCCCGAUUGCUCACUUUGGCCGGGCGGCCAGCUCUAGGAAGAGUCUUGGUGGUUCCAAACUUCUUCUAUUUAAGAAUGAUGGAGGCCACUGUGUUCUUGGGGACCUUCAAUGCUGCAGCCAUUUUUUGGUACCCUUCCCCAGAUCUGUAACUCGACACAAUCCUGUCUCGGAGCUCUACGGACAAUUCUUUCCACCUCAUGGCUUGGUUUUUGCUCUGACAUGCGCUAUCAACUGUGGGACCUUAUAUAGACAGGUGUGCCUUUCCAAAUCAUGUCCAAUCAAUUGAAUUUACCACAGGUGGACUCCAAUCAAGUUUUAGAAACAUCUCAAGGAUGAUCAAUGGAAACAGGAUGCAUCUGAGCUCAAUUUCGAGUCUCAUAGCAAAGGGUCUGAAUACUUAUGUAAAUAAGGGAUUUCUGUUUUUUAUUUUUAAUAAAUGUGCAAAAAUGUAACACUUGUUUUCACUUUGUCAGAUUGGGAGGAUUUGUAUUUAUUUAAUCAAUUUUAGAAUAAGGCUGUAACGUAACAAAAUCUGGAAAAAGUCAAGGGGUCUGAAUACUUUCUGAAUGCACUGUAUAUCAUUCAUUUUAUACGUAAAAAAAAAAAAAAGUGAUGUUGCAACUGCAUAUUACCCUUUUAAAUAUCCAGUUUAGAUGUCAGGAUGAAUGAAGAGAAACCAUUUUACUCUUGACAGAAACAGCUCCACUACUACUGACUAUGACCUACUUAAAUUCAGUCCAGACCUAAAGCUUUAGGAUUUAGUUACUUAUCAGAGCAAAAGUAAUUGGCCUUACAAAGCUGAUGACGUGUUAGUAAGUUAAUUUUUUAUUAUGCACAAAAAUGGGUCAUUAUUUUUUUCAAGUCUCUAGACUUAAUAAGGAAACAGAUUUUUGUAUUUCUGUAUCUCCAAUAAAAUGUGAUGUUAUGACUGUUUACAGGGAUGUGAUUCCCAUCGGAGAGGGGGACGUAGCCACCAUGUGUCUGCAGCUGUCCGACCAGCCCAGAGAUUACUCCUACUUCAGCCCCAGGACCAUGGCUACCUGGGCAGGCCCUGGCUACUGGCGCUUCAAACCUCUGCUCAAGAGUGAGUGGUGGUUGUACACAGAGAGCCAUGUUGUUUAUGUAUGUUUGGGAUAUUCCCUUAACAGCAUUGUCCACUAAAUAUAUCUUCUUCAUUCUUCCCUUCUCGCUUUCUGUCUCGCUCUCUCUGUGUGUUUAGAGGACAACAUGCCUGAGAAGGAGGGUCGCAAGAGAAAGCCAAAGAAGGCCUUUGAAAUCGACUUUAAUGACGAUGUCAACUUUGACACCUACUUCCGCGCCACUAGAGUAAGCCCUUGGUUACCCCUCUAGUUCGCUGAUGCAAUCCCUCUCAAUUAGUCUUGAUGAUUGUUUGAUCCGUACCCAAGAGCAUCACUCACUAAGUGCCAGUUUUCUGAGCCAUUGCCAUUGUGACAAUUACUGUAUUAUUCACUUGUGUAAAUCAGUUUUGAUGCUAAUACAGGGGUCAAGUGUCUUAACAAUCCCAGCCUGUGUGUGAGACAGUUGUGCAGUUUCAUAUUAGUCACUGCAGCAGAGGAAAUGUGGUUUUAGUAGCUGAAGGGGUUUCCCCACCACUCAUAUAUGGACUCAGACAGUUCUCUCACCUCUGUCUAUGUUAUUUGGGUUCUCUCAGGCCGCUACCACUAACACCAAGUCAGCCCUCAGCACAAGCAACAAGAAGACCACUCUGGCAGCAGACUUCCAGUUCCCCCCUGAGACCCUGUCCCAACUCAGCCUCAAGCCCGCCAGCACAGUAAGGCCUCCCUUACACCCUCUUUAUCCCAACAACCAGCAUGGAAUAAACACCAUAGAAAUAAAUGUGCCGCAUACCAGUUGACCCUGUCCUGCAUCUCCAUGGCGAUACAGGGGGACAGUGGUGUGCUAAAACAAUGUGCAGCCGCCACCAGAUACAAUCAGACCUUCAUCACCGUAGCUGACAGGAACUGAUACGCUGCUACAACGUUAUCCAUUGUACUACUAACAUCUUUGAUUCGCACUCCUUCUCUCACUUUUUCUCUCUCCCCUAUGUAUCACCCCUCUGUCCUAUUCCUUCUCUCCCCCCACCCACCUCAAUCUUUUUCUCUUUCUCUCACUGUUCUUACAUACAAAAACAAGAGGAAAAAUGACAAUGUAGAACCUUGAUGGUAAACAUUGACUAAUUAGAAGUGAGGGUUGUGAUGCCACUAACACACGCGAUGUGUUCUAUGUCAGUUAACUUGUGUGUUCUAUGUCAGUUAUGUAAAGAGGGCCAGAAGAGGUUGUCUGGAGAGCUGGGGGAAGGCAUCGGAGACUACGACUACAACAACGCCAACGACACAGCCAACUUCUGCCCCGGACUGCAGGUCUGAAACCACCAUACUGUCAAUCUCCCACAGUCUUAUUCAACACUUCAUUUCCCUCAUACCUUUUUUCACCUUGUAAUAUCAAUCAAUCAAAUUGAUUUAUAAAGCCCUUUUUACAUCAGCAGAUGACACAAAGUGCUAUACAGAAACCCAGCCUAAAACCCCAAACAGCAAGCAAUGCAGAUGUAGCCAUUAUAACAUGGCAUUAUUUAUCCCCCAUCAAUGCCACAUUUUGGGCCCUCAAUUGUUUAGUAGCUGCUUCAAAUAAUGGGUUAAUCUCUCUCUACAUCUCUAUCAAUCUAUAUAAGGGCGGUGAAAGUGAUGAUGAUGGUGAAGGGUUCAUUGGGGGUACAGAUGACACCCAGCCUUCUGUGGAUGGUAACCCCGCCUCCUCACAAGAACCAUGACGACGUGUCCACCUAUGGGGAGGAUGACCUGGUGCCAGAGCCACACAGGGUAAGACUGAAGGGAAGGGGAAGCCAAUGUUUAGCGAGUGUCUGUUUGAAAAGUUUGCAUUUGGAGACAGUGGCCAGAUAAACAAGACCAAAGCAUGUAUUGCUGUCUUGCCUUGUCCAUAGACUGCUUACAUGGCAAGGAAACCAAUAUCGCGUUUUCUAAUGUGGCAGAAUUAUCCCUUUUAAAUGUUGUUAAGCCUAGCUUUACUUUUCAUUUCAGGUUAACAAGAUUGAGAUCAACUAUGCCAAGACAGCCAAGAAGAUGGACAUGAAGAGGCUCAAGAACACCAUGUGGAAUCUUCUGACUGACAGUCUGGAAAAACCAGCCAAGGUCAGUUUCUUUCCCCGCCAGGUCUCAUUGAUUGGAUUCUGUGAUCGGCAAAUGUUAUUGUCUUCCCUCCAUGCCUCUUCCUUGCAGACCUGGGUUCAAAUACUAUUUAAAAUCGUUCAAAUACUUUAAGUGUUUGCUUAAGUCUGCCUGGAGUACCAGGUGGACAGUGUUUGCACUUUUAUAUUGGUACCAUUGUAAUGGGCAAGCUCAAUCAAGCUCAGAUUAUGUAUUUUAAAUUAUUUCAAAUAGUAUUUGAACCCAGGACUGCUUCCUUGUGAUUAACAGUGUUGUGUUCUCAGCAGGAGGUGAAGAAUGUGGAGACUUCAGUAGUGUUUGGGGAGAAAGUCUUCAGCCAGACCACACAGACCCUGCUUCAAAGGUACCAAGCCUUAAUAUCAGUACUGGGCCCAUUCUCAAAUGGCUCUAGUGUUCUUUCUCAGCUGCCAUUGGAGAGCAAUUUGAAAAAUUGUGGUGGAUUUGCUUCUUAUUUUUUCCUUAAACUGGUAGCUAGAUAGACAUGAAUAAUUGAUUUAGACACUGCUGCCAACUGAGGGACUUUGGAUGGGGAUGGUCCAAACAUUAAUUUGCUCAAACGGAUGUGGAUAGGACAUAAGUGCUGAUAAAUAAUUGAAUAAACCCCAUAUCUUCUCCUUCCUCUCCUGCCCCUUCAGCUUGCCCCCCACCAUGGCUCAGAACCUGUCCGUGCCCCUGGCGUUCGUCGCCCUGCUGCACUUGGCCAAUGAGAAGGUGAGUAGCUACUCCUCUGACUGCCAGCAUAUAAUAAUAUAAUAAUAUGCCAUUUAGCAGACGCUUUUAUCCAAAGCGACUUACAGUCAUGUGUGCAUACAUUUUUACAUAUGGGUGGUCCCGGGGAUCGAACCAACUACCCUGGCCGUUACAAGCGCGGUGAUCUACCAGCUGAGCUACAGAGGACCACAAUCAUAGCAUUCCUAAAAUAAGUUGGUUCUAGACAUUGCUAUUAUGUUGACAUAUCACAUAUAGUUGUACAAAGCUACAUUAUUAACAAAAAAAUAUAUUUGGAGGUUUUCUUAGUUGAGAGGGUUUGUGGAAGGAAUCAUAGUGGACUUUAAUGUAUCUUGGCUGUGCUAAAUAGGCUGUGUUUACACAGGCAGCCCAAUUCUGAAAUUCACUAAUUGGUCUUAUGAAAAAUCACAUCAGAUAUUUUCAUAUCAGUUUUUUUUCAGAGCUGAUCUGAUUGGUCAAAAAAAACAAUGAGUGAAAAAAAUAUCAGAAUAGUCUUCAGUAUCAAGACUGUGUUCACUUGGUGGUUGAGUGUGAAGGAAGAGUUAACCGCAGCACUCACUCAUUCUUUGUCAUUCAUUGUCUGUUUCUUUCAACAGAAUUUGGAGCUCAUCAAGGUGGACGACAUGUCAGAUAUCAUCAUCAAGCAAGGUCAAUGAAAAGGGAUAGACAAUGGGACUUUAAAAACAGAGUUAUUUCCUUUUCUCUUCAAUCUGCUUAAUAUCACCUUUUCUAUGUAUAUGAUGAAUUAUGUGCCAUUCAUGUCAAGCAAAGGCACCCUUACAUUUUAAAUUUUUAGCCUGUGAAAGAUGUUAUUUCUCAAAUGUAUAAUAAGUGGCCCUUAAAAAUGACUCCUGUCUUUUUAUUACCUGAAGUGUUUUAAACAUAUUUACCUGUACUUUCCGUUUAAUCUGUCCUUUUUCUCUCUACAUCUAUUGUGUGUAGAUAAUUUAAAUGCUUCACUCACAACGGUGUAAUGUGUACAUACAUACCAAAACAAAUAAACAUUUGUUUUCUACA